ACGCCGAAACCCAACUACCAUCAAUAUCCAAGUCUAACCAGAAUCAAAACAAUCGCAAUGCCUCCACCAGACGCCAAUCUCCACCCUGAAGCCUCAGGAGCAGCAAAAGCCCUAGUUGAGAAGCACAGCGCGGAGCAGCCAUUGAAGUUGUAUGCAGGAUGGUUCUGUCCAUUUGUUCAACGCGUCUGGCUCGCUCUCGAGGAAAAGCAAAUCCCCUACCAAUACAUCGAAGUCAACCCAUACCACAAACCGCAAUCCCUCAUCUCAUUGAACCCACGAGGCCUUGUACCAACUCUCUCUGUUCCUCACAACGGGACCUCAAAGCCACUUUACGAGUCCACGGUUAUCCUCGAGUACCUUGAAGAAGCGUAUCCAGACCACAAACCGCAUCUUCUCCCCGAGGAUCCAUACGAGAGGGCUCGCGUGCGCAUUUGGGUGGACUACGUGACUUCACGAAUUAUCCCAGCAUUCCACCGCUUCCUCCAGUUUCAAGAGGAUCAGAAAACAAGCAGUAUCGACACCCUGCGCAGCGAAUUCCUAAACCACCUCAAAGAAUGGACAAAAGAGGCCCAUCCCGACGGCCCAUUCUUCCUAGGAAAAGACGUCAGCAUCCCCGACCUAGUCCUAGCACCCUGGGCAGUUCGGCUGUGGAUCUUUGACGAGUUCAAGGACGGGGGACUGGGUAUCCCUGCUGAAGGACAUGGAGGUGAGGAUGAGGGUGUUUGGAGUCGGUGGAAGAAGUGGUUGGCGGCGCUUGAGGCGAGGCCUAGUAUUCAGCAGACGACAAGUGAGAAGGAGUUUUAUAUCCCGAUUUAUAAGCGGUAUGCGGAUAAUACGGCGGAGAGUGAGUUGGCGAAGGCUACUAGGGCUGGACGGGGGGUUCCAUGAGUGGACGAGUACAGGAGAGAUUGUUUUUAUUCCAUUUCAACAGUCAACAUUCGUCAUUGAUAAACAUAGUAUUUGUCUUGGAUUCCAAUUUAUUCAAUUCGAAAAGCAGCAAGGCGUCACACGUCCAUAAUGGCAUUCCUGUGCAUGAAGAACAGCCAUGCUAAAUCCUCAAAUACGCCCGUUCAAACCGUCACUACUCAGGAAGCGUGUCACCAUCGUCACCAAGAAAACUAUCACUCGUCUCCUCGUAGCGUCUAAAAGCAAUUAUUGGCUUUUUAACCCUCACUUCGGAGCCGUCCGGUAGUUUCUUCGUAGUUCGCAG